AUGGAUCGAUUCUUCACGAAAACCGUCGCCCUCCUUCUGAUUCUUCUUCAAAUCGGUACGUCAUCAUCGUGUCUAUGCAUUCACAAUUCACCAAACAUUCCCAUUUCCAGGCGCCAUCUUCGCGAUUCCGAUCCAGGAAGCGCGAGCGGCGCCAGAAGAGGAACUCGAAGAGAGACGCGAGUUGGCGAAACGUGGAGGCGCCCGAGCUUUCUAUGGGUUCUACAACGCCGGCAAUUCGAAAAGGGACAACGUGGCCGCCGUACCGUACUAUUUGUAUGAGAAGCGAGGAGGCGGACGCGCGUUCAACCACAACGCCGACCUCUACUACAGGUUCGACAAGCGCGGCGGAGGACGCGCGUUCGCCGGAUCCUGGUCACCGUACUUGGAGAGGUCAGUUACUGGUGCACCGAAUGAUUUUUGAGCGGAUCCACGCAGAAUCAGAGCUAUGGCUUGUCCAGCGCCUUUAGGAAUUGUUUCGAGACCUUACCCUGAUUCUUCAUCAGACAAGAUUGUACUAUGACCUACUAUAGCCAAAGCUAGCGUUGGUUGGGAUCGAUCUUACUGUAUAACACACUAGACUAAAGCUUUUUGUACCGGGCCACAUAUUGUAUUUUUUCUUUAGUAAACAAGAGCCUACAAUAGCUCGUUUCAGAUUCUACGACUACAAGCGCUCCGCCUACCCGAUCUACUUCGGCGACAGCCCGUACUACUGA